UGCUGAUGGAAGGAAACGUUUUAUGAAAGAAGACACCAAGUGCAAUGGCAGGAGGCUCUCACCUAGUUUGGCUUCCCCUGCUUCUCUCAGGUGUCUUUGAAGCUUCUGACAGCAGAUAUGUUCAUACGGAUAUGAACAAAACAUUUAUCAGCAAUGCCGAUGUGGCUUCUUUCCUUGGCAAGAUCCCAAUAACAUUACCGGAAGGAAUUAAUCCUGACAAUAUACAUUUCACAUCAGUGAACAUAGCAAGCUGUACUGAUAUGGAGGAACAGAUUAAUUUGCUGAACAAGCAGCUUAAGGAGGCAACAUUCCACAGCAGCCAACAAGACGAAGAAGCCUUUGGGUUGAGGAUGGACGUCAGGCUGCUGAAGAAGCAGCUUGCUACAUGCAGUUCAUCCGCCUCAACUGUUACUGGCCCUUAUCAAACCCAGCUAUACGAUCAAAUGAAACUGCUGCUGGAGACGUCUGACAGUGAUGCUUUUCUGAAUCUAAAAGUCAUUGCACUAACCAGGGAGGUAACAGGAUUACAGAGGAGGAUCGAACUGGCUGCUAAUUCUACUGAAACUGAAAUCAUGGGGCUACGCAAUGAGCUGCAAGUGAAGAUGAAGGAUCUCCACGCUAAGAAGCAGCAAAUGGAAAGACGUUUCUCAAACUCAGAACUCAUUCUUCAGAUCAUCUCACUGCAAAAUCAGAUCUGGGAUUUAAGAGUUGAAGAGUUGAGAAGAGGAGAAACUGUUCUUCAGCAGGACAGUAGAAUUGCUGCUCUACAGAAACAACUGGAGAUGAAGCUCAGGGAUCUGCGACAACAAGGAGAUGCCAGUUCAGACUUGCUGGAGUUCAUAUCUGUGCACAGUGGGAUUGCCCUGAUACAGAGACUCAUCAAUGUCCACAUUGCGAAAUCCAGAGCUAAUUAUGCUGAUUACCAGAUGCAAAUGAAACAAAAGAAUGAGCUCCUGACAAAGAAGAUUUUACGCUUGAAUCGUGAGGAGAGUAACAAAGAACUAACAAGGGAAAUUUUGAGUCUGCAGGAUGAACUGGCGAUUCUCACACAGAUGAUGUCCGACGCCAAAACUGAUCAUAGACUUACAAGCCUGAGAGUUAUUCUGGAACAGGGGAACAGACAAAAAGGACACUUACAGAAAAAACUAUUGGAGACGGAUUUUAGAGAGGCUCAACUGAUCAUGAAGAUCAUCGACAUGAUGAGAGAGGUGAGAGAUCAGCAGAGGGAUGGGCAACAGCAGUCAACAUCAACAAGCCAAACCACUGUUCUGACCCAGCUUCGAAGGGAAUAUGCAAAAUCUCAGGCUGACAUAAAGGAGCUGCAGCGGCUGGUGCAAGAGAAGAGUGAAAAAUGCUCUGGACGUGAGGAGAGAUACUCACACUUAAAGACUGAAUUUGAACAGAAGAUUGCAGAACUCAAUAGAACUGGAGACUCCAGAGCAGCAAUCAUUUUGAAUGUGAUAAACCUGCAUGGUGAGCUGACAGCUCUGAUGAAAUCGAUCUCGAUCACAAAACACCCAGACAGGCUCAGAGAUCUGUACAGGCAAGUGGAGGAGAAAGAAGAGGAAUUUCACGCCAAGACGGCAGACAUGAAGAGAUUGAUUGCCAACCACAACCUAAUUCUGUCAAUCAAUCAGCUGCAGCAGGAAAUCUGGGACCUGCAGGAAAGGGGGCUCAAUGAAAUGACAAGCAACGAGGAAAGAGAGUUGCAAACCAGAGUAGAUGGCCUCAUCAGGGAAAUAAACAACAAAGGCGAUGGAAGCAUCAAACUGAUGCUGAAAAUCAUGACGCUGCAGAGUCAGGUGAAGCAUCUGCAGAAACAGCUUUUAGACCACCACACAGUCAAAAACGUCACGGUAGCCCAGCUUGAAAAGGAUCUUUCUACCAAAGAGAAGGAGCUGAAGAAAUCCAUUGAUGAGCUGACCUUGGAGAAUCAGGCCAACGCCCAAUUGAUUGUGACCAUCACUGAUCUCAACAACCGUCUCAGAAAACUACAACAAGAAACGCAAAGCGGGGGCCUAAUAACUUCUGCAACAAUUACUAAGCUAAAGAAGCAACUGAAGAUAAAAGAAGAGGAGCACCUUCGGGAUCAGGUUGAGAUUACAGCUCUGCAGAAUGAACUGAACCAGACGACGGCACAGUGUUCCAGCUUUGGGAAGAAAAUCCAAGAGCUGCAGACUGAUCUGGAUGAGAAGCUGAAGAAACUUCAGACUGAAUCGGACAGCGUCACUUCACUUGCUCUUCAAGUUUCUACAAUAACCCUGCAACAGGAGGAGUUAAAGAGACAACUCCAAAACACUGAUUCUGAAGCCAAGAUACAAGAGCUUCAAAAACAAAUACAGGAAAAGAACAACAAGUUGGCCGAAAAAACAGAGGAGCUGAAAGCAAGAAGUGCUCAACCCGAAAGAUUUCUCCAUAUUAUCUCAGUACAAACAAAGAUAUCAGAGUUAGUGAAAACGGCAGCAAACAACACAGAUUACAGUAAAAUUAGAGCACUCCAGGAUUAUUUGAACGAACUGAUCGAAGGAAUUCAAGAUGAAAGCAAUGAAAAUACCCAACUGCUCUUUAAGGUUUUGACUCUUCAAGAGGAAGUAGCACGACUGAAGAAGCAGGAAAACAGUCAGUCAGAAGCUCAGUUCAAGAAAAUUAAAGAUCUGGAGAACGAAUUGGAGGACAUCAGAAGUCAGAUAGCAGAAAAGACUCUUUUGCUGGACUCCAGGGAUUUGAACUUUUCUAAUCAGUCGGCUCAAAUUAUGGAACUUCACCAAAAAAUCAAACCACUGGAAGAUGAAAUAUCAGACCUCAAAAGCCAACAUGCUGAGAACGUUGCAGAGCUUCAAGCGAGACUGAGUUUGACAAAGAGACAACUGCAAGACAGCGAACUUCGACUCAAGGAUGCAGACGCAAAGAACUUUAAAUCGAUGAUGGAUAUCAUUGAUCUGAGGGAUCAGCUGACAAAGGCUCAGAAACAGGCAUCAAAAGCUGUUGGAAAAAAUAUUAAUGUAUUGGAACAACAACUUCAAACACAACAAAGAGAGAAUAAAAAACUGGAAAACUCAAACAGAGACUUAAAACAAACGUUGAAAGAACUGAAGAUGUGCUGCAACGAUCAGAACACCCUCUGUGAAGAGCGACAGACACAACUGCAGGUGUGCCAGCAGGAUAUGGAUCGUCUGGAGCAACAGCUGCAAGAGAGGGAUGCCCACCUCAAACAGCUGCAGCAGGAAAAUCUGAUCUUAGAGGACCAACUACAACAGUCCCAGCAGAAGGUUAAAGACCUACAGCAGCAGCUGCCUGCGAAGGACGCCAUGCUGAACCAGCUGCAACAGGAGCUAGAAGAGAAGGCCACAGAGAAUAAGAGGAUGCAGGACAAAUGCAGCAGUAUUGGCUCUGGAUAUGAAGAGAGAUACUCACAAUUAAAAUCUGAAUUUGAACAGAAGAUUGCAAAACUCAAUAGAACUGGAAACUCCAAAGCGGCAAUCAUUUUGAAUGUGAUAAACCUGCAUGAUGAGCGGACAACUCUGAGGGAUUUGAUCUCAACGACAAAACACCCAGACAGGCUCAGAGAUCUGCAGAGGCAGCUGGAGGAGAAGGAAGAGGAAUUAAACUCAAAGACUGCAGACAUGAAGAGAUUGAUUGCCAACCCCAACCUAAUUCUGUCAAUCAUUGAGCUGCAGCAGGAAAUCUGGGACCUGCAGCAAAGGGGGAUCAAUGGAACCACAAGGAACAAGGAAAGAGUUAAUACUUCUUUCCCAGAGUUGCAAACCACAGUAGAUGGCCUCAUCAGGGAAAUAAACAACAAAGGCGAUGGAAGCAUCAAACUGAUGCUGAAAAUCAUAACGCUGCAGAGUCAGGUGAAGCAUCUGCAGAAACAGCUUUUAGACCACCACACCGUAAAAGACGCUACGGUAGCCCAGCUUGAAAAGGAUCUUUCUACCAAAGAGAAGGAGCUGAAGAAAUCCAUUGAUGAGCUGACCGUGGAGAAUCAGGCCAACGCCCAAUUGAUUGUGACCAUCACUGAUCUCAACAACCGUCUCAGAAAACUACAACAAGAAACGCAAAGCGGGGGCCAAACAACUUCUGCAACAAUUACUAAGCUAAAGAAGCAACUGAAGAUAAAAGAAGAGGAGCACCUUCGGGAUCAGGUUGAGAUUACAGCUCUGCAGAAUGAACUGAACCAGACGACGGCACAGUGUUCCAGCUUUGGGAAGAAAAUCCAAGAGCUGCAGACUGAGCUUGAUGAGAAGCUGAAGAAACUUCAGAAUGAAUCGGACAGCGUCACUUCACUUGCUCUUCAAGUUUCUACAAUAACCCUGCAACAGGAGGAGUUAAAGAGACAACUCCAAAACACUGAUUCUGAACCCAAGAUACAAGAGCUUCAAAAACAAAUAGAGGAAAAGAACAACAAGUUGGCCGAAAAAACAGAGGAGCUGAAAGCAAGAAGCGCUCAACCCCAAAGAUUUCUCCAUAUUAUCUCAGUACAAACAGAGAUAGUAAAGUUAGUGAACAUGGCAGCAAACAACACAGAUUACAGUAAAAUUAGAGCACUCCAGGGCCAGUUGAAUGAUCUGAUCGAUGGAAUUCAAGACGAAAACAAUGAAAAUACCCAACUGCUCUUUAAGGUUUUGACUCUUCAAGAGGAAGUAGCACGACUGAAGAAGCAGGAAAACAGUCAGUCAGAAUCUCAGUUCAAGAAAAUUAAAGAUCUGGAGAACGAAUUGGAGGACAUCAGAAGUCAGAUAGCAGAAAAGACUCUUUUGCUGGACUCCAGGGAUUUGAACUUUUCUAAUCUGUCGGCUCAAAUUAGGGAACUUCGCCAAAAAAUCAAACCACUGGAAGAUGAAAUAUCAGACCUCAAAAGCCAACAUGCUGAGAACUUUGCAGAGCUUCAAGCGAGACUGAGUUUGACAAAGAGACAACUGCAAGACAGCGAACUUCGACUCAAGGAUGCAGACGCAAAGAACUUUAAAUCGAUGAUGGAUAUCAUUGAUCUGAGGGAUCAGCUGACAAAGGCUCAGAAACAAGCAUCAAAAGCUGCUGGAAAAAAUAUUAAUGUCUUAAAGGACCAACUGCAACAAUCCCAGCAGAAGGUUAGAGACCUACAGCAGCAGCUGCCUGUGAAGGACGCCAUGCUGAACCGGCUGCAACAGGAGCUAGAUGAGAAGGCCACAGAGAAUAAGAGGAUGCAGGACAAAUGCAGCAGUAUUGGCUCUGGAUAUGAAGAGAGAUACUCACAAUUAAAAUCUGAAUUUGAACAGAAGAUUGCAAAACUCAAUAGAACUGGAGACUCCAAAGCGGCAAUCAUUUUGAAUGUGAUAAACCUGCAUGAUGAGCGGACAACUCUGAGGGAUUUGAUCUCAACGACAAAACACCCAGACAGGCUCUCAGAUCUGCAGAGGCAGCUGGAGGAGAAGGAAGAGGAAUUAAACUCAAAGACUGCAGACAUGAAGAGAUUGAUUGCCAACCCCAACCUAAUUCUGUCAAUCAUUGAGCUGCAGCAGGAAAUCUGGGACCUGCAGCAAAGGGGGAUCAAUGGAACCACAAGGAACGAGGAAAGAGAGUUGCAAACCACAGUAGAUGGCCUCAUCAGGGAAAUAAACAACAAAGGCGAUGGAAGCAUCAAACUGAUGCUGAAAAUCAUAACGCUGCAGAGUCAGGUGAAGCAGCUGCGGAAACAGCUUUUAGACCACCACACGGUAAAAGACGCUACGGUAGCCCAGCUUGAAAAGGAUCUUUCUACCAAAGAGAAGGAGCUGAAGAAAUCCAUUGAUGAGCUGACCGUGGAGAAUCAGGCCAACGCCCAAUUGAUUGUGACCAUCACUGAUCUCAACAACCGUCUCAGAAAACUACAACAAGAAACGCAAAGCGAGGGCCAAACAACUUCUGCAACAAUUACUAAGCUAAAGAAGCAACUGAAGAUAAAAGAAGAGGAGCACCUUCGGGAUCAGGUUGAGAUUACAGCUCUGCAGAAUGAACUGAACCAGACGACGGCACAGUGUUCCAGCUUUGGGAAGAAAAUCCAAGAGCUGCAGACUGAGCUUGAUGAGAAGCUGAAGAAACUUCAGAAUGAAUCGGACAGCGUCACUUCACUUGCUCUUCAAGUUUCUACAAUAACCCUGCAACAGGAGGAGUUAAAGAGACAACUCCAAAACACUGAUUCUGAACCCAAGAUACAAGAGCUUCAAAAACAAAUAGAGGAAAAGAACAACAAGUUGGCCGAAAAAACAGAGGAGCUGAAAGCAAGAAGCGCUCAACCCCAAAGAUUUCUCCAUAUUAUCUCAGUACAAACAGAGAUAGUAAAGUUAGUGAACACGGCAGCAAACAACACAGAUUACAGUAAAAUUAGAGCACUCCAGGGCCAGUUGAAUGAUCUGAUCGAUGGAAUUCAAGACGAAAACAAUGAAAAUACCCAACUGCUCUUUAAGGUUUUGACUCUUCAAGAGGAAGUAGCACGACUGAAGAAGCAGGAAAACAGUCAGUCAGAAGCUCAGUUAAAGAAAAUUAAAGAUCUGGAGAACGAAUUGGAGGACAUCAGAAGUCAGAUAGCAGAAAAGACUCUUUUGCUGGACUCCAGGGAUUUGAACUUUUCUAAUCUGUCGGCUCAAAUUAGGGAACUUCGCCAAAAAAUCAAACCACUGGAAGAUGAAAUAUCAGACCUCAAAAGCCAACAUGCUGAGAACUUUGCAGAGCUUCAAGCGAGACUGAGUUUGACAAAGAGACAACUGCAAGACAGCGAACUUCGACUCAAGGAUGCAGACGCAAAGAACUUUAAAUCGAUGAUGGAUAUCAUUGAUCUGAGGGAUCAGCUGACAAAGGCUCAGAAACAAGCAUCAAAAGCUGCUGGAAAAAAUAUUAAUGUAUUGGAACAACAACUUCAAACACAACAAAGAGAGAAUAAAAAACUGGAAAACUCAAACAGAGAGCGACAGACACAACUGCAGGUGUGCCAGCAGGAUAUGGAUCGUCUGGGGCAACAGCUGCAAGAGAGGGAUGCCCGCCUCAUACAGCUGCAGCAGGAGUCGGAGGAGCAGGCGAGGCAGUCUAACAGACGGCAGCAGCAGGAAAAUCAGAUCUUAGAGGACCAACUGCAACAGUCCCAGCAGAAGCUUAAAGACCUACAGCAGCAGCUGCCUGCGAAGGACGCCAUGCUGAACCAGCUGCAACAGAAGCUAGAAGAGAAGGCCACAGAGAAUAAGAGGAUGCAGGACAAAUACAGCAACCUGCAAAACGAGAAAAACGAACUUGCAGAGAAGGUGCAAGGUCUUCAAAACCAGCUCAGUAAUGUGGAGGAUAAGACGAUCCAUACCAGGAAGAGUACUUUUGAUCCGAACACAGCAAACCCGAGAAUAGUGCUGUCUGCAGAUCAUACUGAGAUGUCCACUACUGAAGAAGUACAAAACGUCCAGGACCACCCAGGCCGCUUUGAUGUGGUCCUUGCCAUCCUGGGCGAGACCGGAUUCUCAAGUGGAAGACAUUACUGGGAGGUGUCUGUUGCUGGGAAGUCUUGUUUCCACCUUGGGAUGGCCAGUGAAUCUGCUCAAAGGAGGGGGUCGAUUACAUUCCGUCCAGCAAACGGCUAUUGGACUAUAGUUAAAAACAAACAGGGCCAGUACAGAGCUAUGGAUAAUAGAUCUGUUCUACUUCGAUUGCAGGCACAGAUUCUGACACUGGGUAUUCUGCUGGAUUAUAAAAAGGGACAGGUCUCUUUUUACAAUGCUGGUGCCAGGUCUCAUAUAUACUCAUUUCAAAGUCAAAGGUUUACUGACAAAAUCCAUCCAUUCAUCAAUUUCUGUGUAGAGGACACUGAAAGACGUACUCCGAUUGUUCUUUUAACCCCUGGAUCAACUGACUGGAUACAAUAUGCAGUGUAGUUCACAUAGGGGAGAGCGGGUAAUGUGGGACAUUUUUUACAUUUGCUCCCCUCUAGGCAAGCUAAAUUGAUAUAUCUGUAAAAUGUACACAUUUCCCAUUAAUUCAGGAUGUUUUCUAGAAAUGGAAAUGAUCAGAAUGUCUUCAGGACAAAGGGAAGUGAAAAUAUGAUUGUUUUAAAAAAAGUGGCUGUGCGUCCCACAUUACCCCAGCUAAGGGGGAAAAUGGUCCACUUACUUUUUCCACUUUAAAACUACCAUAACAACACCUGUUGUAAUAGUUAAAAUCGCGACAGCGAGAUUGACAACCACUAAUAUCGGACUAGUAACAGAAUCAUGGGGAUUGGUCAAUUAAGCACAUUUAUGAUUAUUAUGAUUCAUGUGAUCUCUUGCACACCCUAGCUUACCUGCACAUGUUUUCUCUGUCCAAUUGGCAGGGAAAGGUAUAUUGUUUUUCUCUGCGUAUUCAAAUGCCUGUUCACGUCACUUAACUGGAGCAAGGCCAUGGAACUGGUCAGCUAGUUGUUUCAAGUGUUUGGCAAGUGUUUUCUCUUUACCUCAGCUCCUGCACCCCAGGCUACUGAUUUUACUUUCCCUUUCUCUUUUUUCUUCAUGAAUCUUUUGAGGGUUGUCUUAUCAAUAUUUCUAUCCCUUCCAGCUUUUCUUCAGGACUUCUUUCCUUGCAUGACGUCAGCGGCUGCACUCUCCAUCUCUGCGAGGGGUGUUUGGCCCCAGGUUGUCUUCCUGGUGUAGUUCCUUGGCAUGAUGGCUUUUAUACAAUGUUUAUGACAUUAAAAAUAAAACAUAUAUCUGUAAUAUAACAUUAAAAUAUGUUUAAGACUAAACUUAACUUGCAGCAUUUGUCCCACUUUACUCCACAGCAACCGUUUUAGAAAAACAAAAUCUCUUAGCAAUUCAGGCUAAUCUUCAGCUAGCAUCAAUCACAUGAUUUUAUAUGUUGGAAGUUCACCAACAUGUAUGAUAUAAGUUUUCUCUACCUGAUUCAAUUUGUUGAUUAAGUUCAAAGCAAGAAAAUUUACUUUAACAUGCAUAAAACACAUUUUUGUGAAAAAAACUACUUUCCACAGCACCAGCACCAACUUCUACUUCAUGGCAAGGGGGGAAUGGGAGGGGUUUGAAAACAUAAUGGUCACAUGACCACAAAUGUGUUCCGUUGCCUAGAUACAGGGGAUAUGUCACAUUACCCGGUGUCCCACAUUACCCCGCUCUCCCCUAUUUAUAGAUGCUGUCGAAUAGUUCAGACAAUAAAACACUUCAAAUAUACAAGAUGCAGUUUAUUUGAUUCAUGUGUAAAAAAGAAAAUGUUCGGUCUCUUGUCCAAGUCCUUGUAGGGAUUUCAAUCAAUUGGUACAGGAAGAAAAGUGUACAAUUGUAAAUUUGAUGUUCUUACAUCCAGAUGUGGAUCUGCUUACUUCAAAUUACCACCAAUCGGUCAAUACAUGUCAGCACAUCACCUAUUACACAGAAAGUUCUGAAAUGAAUGAAAAAAUGUUGCUUUGCAAAUAAAAUAUUUGCUGACGAAAUG